GUUUCGGGUACUACAGUACAUAAUUUAUUUAUUUAUGUGAAGAGGCAGGUACUGAAACUGAAAUGUAAUGCACCAACCGAUACGAUUCAAUUAUAAGUUACAAAGCAUCGGAAUUGCACCAUUUGAUGAGCGAUUUUCGUUAUUAUUAAAUGAAGUCAAUUUUUAUUUUGUAUGAAGAAAAAAGUGUACCUACUAUGAAAAUAUUCUAAUUGGAUUGGAUUUUAUUGAAUACCUAGUUUAUAAUUACUAAGUUUGGUGGCUUGAUAGGAUAGGUGGAAAUCUAAUCCUGCAUGAACGGGCACAAGCUACUGGAUAUUACUUUAAGACAUAAAACCCUAAGAUACUUCUGUUUAAGUUUCAAUUUAUCAAAUAACAACUUUAAACCCCACAAUAAAAAUAUGGAGUGUAUACAAGUAUACAAGAAAUGUGAAGUUAUUCCUGAAAAUCAGAAGCUCCCUAAGAAAUACUAUCGCCGUGCUGAACACAGAAUCUUUGUCAACAGAUCACUGCAUCUAGAAAAUGUUAAAUUUUAUGGCUUUGAUAUGGAUUACACCUUAGCUGAAUAUAAAUCACCAGCGUAUGAAACAUUAGGUUUUAAUUUGACCAAAGAAAGAUUAGUGCACAAAGGUUACCCUGAAGAAAUAUUAGAGUUUGAAUAUGAUCCUUCUUUUCCAGUUAGAGGUCUAUGGUUCGAUACGUUAUAUGGAAACCUACUAAAGGUAGACGCCUAUGGUAAUAUUUUAGUGUGUGUACAUGGAUUUGAAUUCCUAAAGCACUCACAAGUAUACGAAUUGUAUCCGAAUAAAUUCUUAACAUUAGAUGAAUCCAGAGUGUAUGUCCUAAACACGUUGUUCAACUUGCCAGAAACUUAUUUAAUAGCCUGCUUGAUAGACUACUUCACUAAUUCACCACAAUACACAAGAACAAAUUACGGAGUACGAUGUGGGGAUCUAGCUAUGUCGUUUAAGUCAAUCUUCCAAGAUGUAAGAAAUGCUGUGGAUUACGUUCACAUUCACGGAGAUCUCAAGAGCAAGACCAUAGAGAAUUUGGACCUAUACUUGAAGAAAGACGACAGACUGCCAAUGUUCUUGUCGAGGAUAAAGGAAAGCGGAGCCAAAAUCUUCAUACUAACUAACAGCGAGUACAACUUCACCGACAGGAUUAUGACUUAUCUAUUCGACUUCCCAUACGGUGCUAGGCCUGGCGAACCUCACAGGAACUGGAAGACUUACUUCGACUGGAUCGUAGUGGACGCUAAGAAGCCGUUGUUUUUCGGUGAAGGUACAACCCUACGGCAAGUGGACACAAAGACUGGGGCCCUGAAAAUGGGUCACCACGUCGGACCCCUGCACGAGGAGCUCGUUUACUCAGGAGGUUCCUGCGAUGUGUUCACCGAUAUGAUCGGUGCCAAGGGUAAAGACGUGUUAUAUGUUGGCGACCACAUAUUCGGUGACAUUCUAAAGUCCAAGAAGAUUGGUGGAUGGCGCACCUUCCUCAUAGUCCCCGAGCUGGUUCAGGAGCUGCAUGUGUGGACGGACAAGUGCCAGCUGUUUGAACAGCUGCAGGACCUUGACGUCAAACUAGGACAUAUGUACAAAGAUUUAGAUUCUGGUACGAAGGUUAAGCCGGAUAUAUCGAAGUUGCGAAUUUCUAUCCGUGACGUCACACAUAAGAUGGACUUGGCGUACGGUAUGCUGGGAUCACUGUUUCGCUCCGGAUCCAGACAGACUUUCUUCUCGUCACAGGUACCUACAGCCUAAUAAUAUUUUUGUAUA